AUGGACGACGAAAAACAGAACGGAGAAGAAAAUGAUCCUGAUAUCCCGUUGCCCGAUCCUUUGGAUGUACCACUAGUAGAAGAUCGAGGUGGGUACUUGUUAAUAAAUAAAUUAUAAACGCGAACAGAAUAAAUAAUUUAUUAUAUCGAUCAACUUGGAUAUUUAUUAAUUAUUAUUAAAAUUAUUGUUUUAUAGGAUUUCAAUUUGAAGACAAUUUCGAUUCUGAGUUAAAAUUGGACGAAGUGGCAAAUCGUAAGUUUAAAUCCUAAAUACAAAGUAUCUAUAUAAAAAAAAGAAUCAAUUUUUUUAGGAUAUUAAGAUAGGUACCUACUUGUUAAUCAAUUAUUUAUGUGAACGUAACAAAAUAACUAGUUUAUUAGUUAAUUAAGUCUAUUACCUUGGAUGUACAAUAAUAAUAAUUAUUAUUGUAUUAUAGGAUUUCAAUUAGGAUUUCAGUUGGAAGAUUCUGACUUUAAAUUAGAUGAAAUUACAAAUGGUAAGUUAAAUCCUUGAUAUAAUGUAGGUAUCUAGAAUAGAAAAAAAAAAAUUUUUCUGAUGGUCUUAUAUUAUAUCAUUGUUAAUCAAUUAUUUAUUAUAAACGUAAACAAAAUUUUUUAUUAAGUCGAUUAAUUUAUUAUAGAAUUACUAUUUGAAGACUAUUUUGUUUCUGAGUUUAAAUUGGACGAAAUUGACAAUCGUAAGUUAAAUCUUAAUUAUUAAGUAUUUACAAGAUAGUUUUAUUAUUACAAAACAGCAAUUUUCCCAGUGGAUUAUAUGGGAAUUUGAUUUAGGCUUUAUUCUAAAACUAUUUUAAAUAUACACUUUUGUUUUUCAUUUAAGGACUUGUCCUUUUUGAACACAUAUUUGAAUAUAGAAAAUGUUUCUGAAAAUGUGAUUCCUAUGCUUAACGCCAAUUCUAGAUUUACCGUUUAUGAGUAAUAACCGUUAAAAUUUUAGACCAGAGGAGUAGGAAAGAGUUAUCAAUUUAUCAUUUCAAAUAGAUUUGCGAUUUCUCACUCUUCGUACUUCUUUCGGUCUAAACUUUAAACGAUUACUAUUCAUAAACGGUAAAUCUGAUAUUAGUGUUAUGCAUAUCAACAUUUUUAGAAUAAUAUUCUAUAUUAAAAUCUGUGUUCAAAAAGAGAAAGUCCUUAUUGAAAAACAAAAGCAUAUACUUAUGUAAGUUACAUUUAGUAAGAGAAAAAAUUUAAAUAGAUUUUAAAUAUAGCUUGACAGUAAUAAAGAUUUAAAAAAUAAACAAAAAUAAAAUUCACUUAAAAUCAUCGGACAAUUGCAAGUUCAUAAUAAAAAAAAUCACUGUAUAGAAUAACAACUAUUUUUUUUAUUUAAAGAGAUUAUUUAUAAACAUAAACAAAAUAAAUAGUUUAUUAUGUUGAAUAACUUGGGUAUAUAUUUAUUAUUAUUAUAAUAAAUGUAUUUAUUAUAGAACUUCGAUUUGAAGACAAUUUUAUUUCUGAAUUUAAACUGGAUUAAAUAGCAAAUCGUAAGUUAAAUCCUUAAUAUAAAGUAUCUAUUUAUAUAUAUAUAUAUAUAAAACAAUUCUUGUAGGUAUAAAGAUAAAUAAUUGUUAAUUAAUUAUUUAUGAAUGUAAACCAAAUAGUUUAUUAAGUAAAUUAACUAGAAUGUAUAAUAAUAAUAAUGAUAACAAUUAAUUGUCCUACUCAUACUUAUAACUUAUAACACAAAUUGUUAAAGAUAUUAAUAUUAUUUACAUUAUCUAAAUUGAGAACUGCUUUUUGUCAAUUAGGACCAUAUGUUGUAUUCACUUAGUUUUGUAUUUAAUAUAAAAUAAUUUUUUUAUGAUUAUAUUGAUUUUAAACAAUUUAAAAGAAAACUCAUAUCGCUGGAUUUAAAUAACAUUUAAAUAUUAUUAACAUGUAUUUAUGAUAAUUUAUUGCAAAUAAUGAUUAUCUAUUAUUUAUAAUUUAUUCAUUAUUUUAAACAUUUUAAAAUAAUUAUAUUAUAUUUUUAAUUUUUUUCUCCUUGAUAUGUGUAUUUAAUAUUUUACUUGUAUAAACUCUCACCUUUAGUCCAGCCUUUGGAGGUGAUCCAACAAAAAUUUUUAAUUUAAUACACUUUGUAAAUAUUGCUUGUUGGAGAAUUAUAAAUUAUUAUUAUUAUUGUAGAAUUACAAUUUGAAAACACUUUUGCUUCUGAAUCUAAAUUGGAUGAAAUUGUAAAUCGUAAGUUAAAUCCUUAAUAUUAAGUACCUAUAUAUAUAAAAAAAAAAAAUCAUUUUUGUAUACAGUAGAAUCCGCUUAAUUAGGACACAUUGGGCGGUGACCUAUUUUUCCCCAUUAUCCGACUGCCCCGAUUAACUGAAUAAGCACUUAAUAUUUCUCUGUGAAAUCGUUUGAAUUUAAUAUUAUUCCGGUCCUUCCAACGAAUUAUCCAACCUUCUGUGGUCUUAAAAAUGUCAAAUUUUUUCAGUAAAAAAUUCAGCUUUCUGCUGUAACAUGGGGCCCGUUUAAUUUUUCCCACUGUUCACGAAUACCUUUUUCAUUAUUUUUCAAUCGGCUUAGUACCGAUUUAGAGGUGUCUAUUAUUUUCUCUAACUCACGAAGACUGGAAGAAUGAGGUUGAGCUUUAAUUUUAUCCAGAUUAGAAAUUUUUUCAAUCAAUGUUAAAUCUUUACGAGACAUAAUUGUUACAUAUUAAUUAAUUAACUAACUGAGAUCAAUAAAAACACACAUACGUUAACACGCAGAGACGAAAGAACGCGAACUAAAGUUUUUCAAUUUUGUUUUUGGCCAGUCGACUCUUAUCGUGGUAGUAGAAGAAAAAUAAAUGUAAAAAUUAGAUAAUUACAGUUUCGAUAAGAAGUAGAUAGAUAUAUUAGGUCAGAAUAUCUAAUUAGAAGCUUUUAUUUUUGUCCCUUAUAACCGAUGAUUUGUCCCAGAUAAACGAAGUUAAAUUGCCUUCAACGAAUUACAUUCUUCCGGGACUAUGCCAAUUUGUCCCCAUUUAGCGGUUGUCCCCUUUAUGCGGUGUCCCAAUUAAGCGGAUUCUACUGUAUUUUUUUAUGACCAUUUUGUCAUUAUAAUAAUCCUCUUUCAUUCUUAUUUAUUCUCUGCUACUUAUUGCUAUUCCUGAUAACCUUAAUUUUGUUCUUUGACUUUUAGGAAAUCAUCUAACUAACUGUUUAAUCUUGUUCACAAUACUUUGUUUUUUGAAUGUAACCAUCAGAUCCUCUAUACUUAAAUGCCUUGAUCAUAUGUAGGCCUAUAUUCAUGAUUGCCAAAUACAACUGAAAUCUUGUGCGAUUACUCUAGAGCUCUGUAGAUUACUUAAUGCAUAGAAGCAUUUAUUUUUCAUUUUAGUUCUUUGUUGAAUUUCUAUUUGACAUUCUUAUGUUUCUUAUAUUUCAUUCUUCUAUGUUACUGUGUACCUAGUUAUUUGAAUUGUAAUCAGAGUUCUGAUGGGAGGUGCUCAGGGGCUGGUGCUCCUAAUUUUUUUUUUGUGCAUUCUUACUAUUUUAUCAUACUGGAACAAGGAGACAGUGAAUGUAUAACAAUGACAUUUUUUUUUUUAAAUUAUUUAAAAUUUGUCAUGGUUUCCUAAAAAAACUUUAAAUUUUAUAGAUUCAUCUAUAUUUAUUUUAUUUUUUUUUUUUUUUUGACAGUAGUUUAAAUGGAAAUAAUGUUUAUAACAGUUACUGGCCUAAUAUAGUGUCUUAUGAGUAGAAUUUUAACUGGUGACUUCUUAUUUUUUGAACUCAUAUUGACAAGGUUAUGGUGUCAAUUACAGGAGCUACUAAUCUCCUAUUAACUCAUAUAUUGUGUUUUCUUUUUUCCUGUUUUGAGAUGAAGUCCAACUUUUUUUACUGAUUCUAUUAAUCAGCCACAUCAGCCAGCAGCAAUUUUUGUUCCUCUUCCCCUUGCAUAUCCUUCUCAUAGGUGUACAAACUGAAACAUGUUCUAUCUAUUAUUAUUUCUUCAUCUCAUCCAAAAUUAAUUUCUCUCACCACUUUCUCUAAAAUUAAAUUAAAAAAGAGGUGAUAAAGCAUUACCUAGCUUAAGUCCACUAUCUUUGAUGUUGCACUUCGAACUUUAAAUUUCAUUUUUAUUUGUUUUAUACUACCUUUAAUUUUUAAGAUAGGUAAUUUUUAAUCACUUAUUUUUAUGUAAAUAAAAUAAAUAGUUCAUUAAGUCGAUUAACUUGGAUGUAUAAUAAUAUUUAUUAUAGCAUUACAAUUGGAAGAAAAUGUUGCUUCUGGGUCUAAAGAGAUGGAAUCAGCAAAUCGUAAGUUUAAGUAUUAAUAUAGAGUAACUAUUUUGAAAAAAAAAAAAAUAGUUAAUAAAUUUGAUUACCUUAUAUUAUUAUAAUUGUAUUUUUUAUAGAAUUAAAAUUGGAAGAUAAUGUUGCUUCUGGGUCUAAAGAGGAGGAAACAGAAAAUCGUAAGUUAAAGCAUUAAUAUAAAGUACCUAUUUUGAAAAAAAAAAAUAAAUAGUUUAUAAAUUUGUAUAAUUUGGAUGUUUAAUAAUAUUUAUUAUAGCAUUACAAUUGGAAGAAAAUGUUGCUUCUGGGUCUAAAGAGGAGGAAUCAGCAAAUCGUAAGUUAAAGCAUUUAUAUAAAGUACCUAUUUUGAAAAAAAAAAAAAAUAAAUAGUUAAUAAAUGUGAUUAUCUGAUAUAUUAUUAUAAUUUUAUUUUUCAUAGUAUUACAAUUGGAUGAAAAUGUUGCUUCUGGAUCUAAAGACAAUAGCGAAAACUGUAAGUUAAAUCAUUAUUAUGAAAUACCUAUCUUGAAAAAAAAAACCAAAGUCCUUGAUUAUACUCAAUUUUUUUUAAAAUUAUUUGAUAUAAAGUAUCUUUAGAAGUACCUAAGCAUUUAUUUUGAGUUACGAGUGUUAUAACUGUUAUAUUAUAUUGUAAUAUAUUGGUUUUAGGUAUGCAGGUCUAUGAAUUAGAUUAUUAUGUGCAUAUGAUUCCUAGUAUGCUAUUUUAUUGAUUUAAUACUUUUUUUAUUGUAAUUAUUUUAAAAUUGUCAUUGUUUUCUCUAUAUGAAUAACUCUGUUUUCAUACUUAUUAUAAAGUAAUUUUCAUAAAUAGAAGCAGCAGCUAAGAUUGACUGGUUGUCAUAAUGUGUCAAAUUAGAUGGUAUGAGUCCUUCUAGUAGUAUAAUUGUUUUUAGUUUUUUUAUUAAAUUUUGAAUGCAACCCAGUAAUUAGAUUUUCAAGAAAUGGUGUACAUGUUGUUAUUUUAUAAUAUUCCUGUGUAUCUUAGGUAUUUAUAUUGUUUCGGACAGCUUGUCUCUUACCAGUUCGAGGCGUGGGUAUUUCAACAUCUAGUUCAGAAGUUUUUCAGUUAUUAUUCAUUAUUUCCUUAAAACAUUUUUCAGCAUCUGAUAAAAUAGUUUCUAAAGCUUCUCUAACAAUCAUUACAUCAUUUAAGGUUUUAGAUAAGUCUUGCUGUUUGCUUUGUAGCACUUGA